AUGCAGCAGUAUUGGAUACGAGUGCGGAAGAAAUCAAGCGGUAACAAGGUUCUUCCGGGUCUUCGAAUAUCACCGGCAGCGACCCCGUACGGUAGCAUCGCCAAGAAAAGGGCAUCUCCGCAUGGCAGUCUGCAAGCUGGCCUUCCCGCUAUUGAAGGCUGUUUCGAUCUUUCUCAUCACCAUCUCCCAAAAGUGCGCUGCAUCAUCCAAACAGCCAUGAAUUUCAGAAACCUUUUUGUCUCUCUCUUUCUGAUCCUCGCGAUCGGACUCGCGCUGGUACAGGCUGAUGAAGCCAAACAGCCGCGAGGUCCUAAGAUUACCAGCAAGGUCUACUUCGACAUUGAGCACGGGGGUAAGCCUCUGGGCAGAAUUGUGCUUGGAUUGUACGGAAAGACUGUUCCCAAGACAGCGGAGAAUUUCCGAGUAUUGGCUACUGGCGAUGAGGGCUACGGCUACGAAGGCUCCAACUUCCACCGCGUUAUCAAGGGCUUCAUGAUUCAAGGUGGUGAUUUCACAAAGGGUGACGGGACUGGAGGAAAGUCGAUCUACGGAGCGAAGUUCAAGGAUGAGAACUUCAAGCUUAGGCACACUCGGAAGGGCCUUCUGAGUAAUUUCCAAAUCCCCAUGAGGCUUUUUGUUCGCUCAUGUGUGGUUAAUGUAUUGUUCUAGGCAUGGCAAACGCCGGCAAGGAUACCAACGGUUCUCAGUUCUUCAUCACCACCGUUCCUACCCCGUAUGCAUAUUUCCGAUGCCCCCAGUUGAUGCGUUUUUUUUUUUUUGCUGAUUGUCCUUUUUCAGAUGGCUCGACGGUCGCCACGUCGUCUUCGGCGAAGUCCUUGAGGGCUAUGAAAUUGUCGAACUGAUUGAGAAUGUACCCAAGGGCGCAAUGGACCGACCCUUGGAGCCGGUCAAGGUCGUGAAGAGCGGAGAGUUGGAUGCGGAAAAGACAGACCAAGGUAGCCAUGAAGAACUGUAGACCUACGUUGAUCGAGUUCCUUGCUGCUUCGCGAGCCUUCUGCUGAAAUCAAAACAUCGAUGUCUGACUAUGUCCCGUUAGUCACACCUGCGAUCGUACCCGACCGCGUUGAUCAGUUUCAGCAGAAUCUGUGAGUAUUCGGGCAGCGAGAUUUUCGAUGGAGGAGCCCUGUGUACCAUAAACAGCGAAAUAGACAACUUCCUCCGUAGAGUGGCAACUCACGGAUACGUCAUAUGAUCGGUUCAUGGCAACGGAAACUUAUGAGGCAUGCGUGUUUAUAGUUUCGAGUCAGACCUAAAUUCUCCAUGGUUAAGAGACGUUUCUAUUAGUCUCAUGCCGCUUCUUCGCCCUGUCGUUGUGUCAUAGGCCAUGUGGGCUGUCAGAUGCAGCGAAUUUGAACCACUCGUAGGAGCCCCUGGAGAGCCCUGUCUAUUCCCACGCCACCUAAACCGGACAAAUGCAUGUACGUGCUGUACUAUGCAGUACAGUCUUCAGUUACAUUCCAUCUCCAUGCACGGAAGGACGGCCCCUUCUGACGUUACUCUUGCUUUGAACCAUGAACCGUUGGUCCAUGGGGUAGAUAGACAGCACGGAGGCAUUCUCAGACUAUCAGUGUGAUUGAUCAACCUCUGCUUAUUGGAAGAGAUGGCCUAGCGGUGUAGAUGCAUGUCCAGAAUGAGAAUAUCCCCUUUCUCCGCUGUCUGUUCUACCGUUUCCAUCUGUGGUUGUCCGGUCUGCACAGCGUAAGGCUGUUUAGGAGAACAGAACAGUCAGUCCAUCAGCCUCUAGCCUCAGCGAAGAUUUUUUUAAAUAAAAUUCAAAACCAAGGAGGGAAACAGCCAAAGGGAAAGAAUAUUUGUGAAAAAAGAAAAAGUCUAAA